AUGGGAGGACUGAGCGUUCCAGGUAGACCUGCAUUCGGAGGAGCGGGAGGACACAGCUCCAAUAGUAUGGACGGAGGCAUCGGCUCGAGUCUGAUGUCUGGACCAGGUGGCGCCGCUUUGAUGAGCGGAGCACCGUUGGCCGCAAACACCAUUGCGAACAAGCCUGCUGUGGCGGCUGGCAGUCUCUAUCAAGCUUGUCUGGCUUUGAGAGAUAGACUUUGGCUUGUAGAAGGCUUUGGCGAGUCGUUCUUGAGCGAAUCUGUGGCAGCUGGGAAUGCGACAUCUAGCCCUCCACGGGAUGGGGCUACAGCUCUCAGACCAGUGCAAUCGACCGACGUAGUAUCACAACUUUGGCAACUCUUCCGACUCGGUGCACCGCUCUGUGCUCUGUUCAACAGACUGGGCCCGAGAGCUCCGCUGACAAUCAACCCCGGCGCAAAUCCUAGCAAUGCGAACGAAUGCAAAAAGCAAGUAGCGAAGUUCAUCAUUGCGCUGCAGAAUGAGCUUAGUUGGGAUCCAGACGACUGUUUCACAGUCACUCAGCUCUACCUCAGCGAUACGAAUGGAUUUGUCAAAGUGAGUCGCCUGGGUCUUUCGUUGGGUCAAGCUCGGCAUGACAGUGUAAGGCACGCGAGACUGACCGCACACAUCUUCGGCGCUUGAAUAGGUCGUACGAUGCAUUUCCAAGCUUUUGGACGUCUUCGAGGCCAGGGGGCUCCUGGUGGAGUCUGCACAUGCCCCUUCGUCGGCCCUUGACGAUGUUACCAAGCCCAAUGAUGAGCGCGCUUGGAUCGUCCGAGAGUUGCUUGACACUGAACGCAAGUACGUGCAGGAUCUCGAGGUGAUGCAAAACUACGCGCGGGCACUCGGCCAGAACGAUAUUCUGCCUCCAGACACCAUUCACAACCUCUUCGGCAACCUCAAUACGCUGGUAGAUGUGAACCGUCGCUUCUUGAUUUGUAUUGAAGAGAAUGCCAGAAGACCGCCGGACGAGCAGCAUUUUGGACACGUCUUUCAGACCAUGGUGUGUCCUCGAGACCGUUUUGCCGCACACAUACAUGCUCACACGCGCGACGUCCAUCUCUGCAGGAACAAGAAUUUUCCGUGUACGAACCUUUCUGUGCGAAUUACGCGCAAGCUCUGGACAUCAUCAGCGCAGAGGCUCUCAAUAUCCAGGUGAGAAGCUCGCUCAGGUUAUGCGACUUGAGCCCCCACGAGCCGCCUGGCUCACUCCCCACUCUGUUUGGCCUGUUUGGCUCUUCAGCGAUUGAGAGCAUUGCCAGCAGCAGAGGGAUGCUAUUUGGAUCCUUCGUAUGAGCUGCCGACGUUCUUGAUCAAACCAGUCCAGCGCAUCUGCAAGUAUCCGUUGCUCCUCGAGCAAUUGCAGAAGAAGACGUCACCCCAAGCACCCAUUUACAAGGAACUGGUCGAUGGCCUGCAGGUCAUCAGGCGAAUCACUGACAAGGUCAACGAGACCCGAAGGUUGCAGGAGAACAUUCAGAUUCUUCGAGAGCUGGAAUUGAGAGUCGAGGACUGGAAAGGCCAUUUGGUCAGCUCCUUCGGACCUCUGCUGCUAUCGGACGUUUUUGUGGUCUCCAAGAGCGACACUGAGCGCGAGUACCAUGUCUACUUGUUCGAAAGAAUAUUGCUGUGCUGCAAGGAAAUCCUACCCAAUCAGCCAAACAAGAAGAAUUCGAAGAGCAACAGUCUCCUCAAGCAGAAGACGACCGCUGCACAGACGCCGCCCGGCAAAAAGCCCAAAACAACGCUGCAACUCAAAGGCCGCAUCUUCAUGGCUAACGUAUCCGGGGCCAAAGCGCACUCCAAAGUUGCUUGUGAGUCAAGUGUGCCCACGUGCAGGCAGACAUGAUGCUAACCAAUGUGUCUGGACGUGCUUGCAAUAGCUGUAUCUGGCCUCCCAGGAGGUUCACAUGCCUUGCAGGUGUGGUGGAAAGGAGACGUUGGACACGAGUCCUUCAGCCUCAAGUGCAAGAACGAGGAGCAGCUCAAGCAGUGGCUCUCUGCGCUGAACAGGUGCAUCGAGCUCGAGGCCGCCCGCAAAGCCGAUCAGCUGAAGCGAGGCAUCUUGUCACCCGCUCAAAAUAUGACUGGAACUGGAGCUGGUCUGAAUGGCAGACGGUCCACAGCAGGUUCGACUGGACCUGCAUCGCACUUUCCUCAGACUCCUCUGACUGAAGUGGGUACCGGAUUCCCAUUUGCGCGUGCUGAUAGCCAGAUGAGCUACCAGAGCAGAAUGGACAGCGGCGAGGUAGACUACGAUACGAUCGAGGGCUUGCGAGACCAUGCCAGCCCAUCUGGCUUCGCAGGUGGCCGUUCCACGCCACUCGGAGGCCGCUAUUCCACUCCGGCUGAGCACCGAGAUCGGCAGAUCUCUUUCACGUCUUCAGAUGGCAGACCACGGGCUAGGACGGAGGACCAAGAUUCGUCAGUCUUGACGCAGUGGCGCUCCCAUUCACCGGCUGUUCCCUUGCCCGGUCGGCAGUCCACGUCCUCCAGCGGUAGCGCUGGAGCGAGCGUUGCAGCUGCAGCAGUGACUGCGUUGCAAGAGCGGGAGCAACAGCUUCGCAAAGCGUCAAGCAGCCGACAGCUUCGAGCGCCGGGCUACCCACAUGCACAAGGUCCAGCACAGACAGGGUUCCACCGACCUGCAAGAGCUGCAGGGGAUGUUGCUGCCCGACAUGAAGCUGGAGAUCUGGUGGAGCAUCUUGAUCACCUCACGAUGCGAACAAGAGCUGAUUCUACUGCACACGCAAUGGAGAGUAGCAAUGCGAAUGGAGGCGGCGUUCAUGGCAGAAGCAGGUCUGCGAGCAAUCCCAUGGCGUUCAGCGCACCAGGCGCUAACGAGCCACCUCCACCUGUGCCUCGCGCUCCAUACCCGCCGCACCUGGUUAAUGUGGGGCUGGCAGAGCCACAAGCGAUCCGAGCGCCGAACCAUUACAUGAACGGCCAAGACAAGCGCAUUAGCUCCUCCAGUAUCUCUACCAUGGACUCAGUGCACUCCAUCGGAUCUGUGCCAGGAUCAACGGCUGCAAGCUCUCCGGUCACGCACGGACCUUCCAGCAAUGGCUUGUCAUCUUCGCGCUCGACUGCCAACUCCACACCUACUCAACACGCGCAAAAUCAGCACUCAAACGCCGUUAAGCUCGUUGUUCACUACCGCGACGAAACGUUCGUAGUCGUGGUGCUGGCGACAACGAGCUUGUUGGGCCUCAUGGACAAGCUCGCAAAGAAGAUGCGCGACAUUGAUGGGCGCAAGGUUGAUCCGCAAGCCAUUCGUAUACGCUACAUCGAUGAUGAAGGCGAUCGGGUCGCCAUGCAGGCGGAAGACGACGUGCAGAUGGCCUUUGACCAAGCUAGACACUCAGGGGGAGACGUGCAGCUGAUUGUGACGGUCCAGGUCUAG